UUCACUUUAUCCCUUUUUCGCCCCCCAACCAACCCAUCAGCCUCCAGCGGCUUCCUUCCUUACAACCCGCAAGCAAUCACACAUCAGCCGCGUGAAUUUUCACACAAUUCCGCCAGACCAGGGUCCGUGGGUUCCUUGUGUGUCAUGACAAACAUCUCGCCCUCAUUUUUCCGUUCUGUGAACUGCUUUCACGGCUUCGACGGCUACAGUUUUUCUGCCGUGGAGCAAGGCGUGCCGCAAACGCUAAUAGCUCCCAGCACGCACCUCUCAGGUCUUACCUCUUCAGCGUGACAUCUGAAGCUCGAGACUGCUCUUUAUCGUCUCCCAACAGACUUCCCCAACCACCAUGCCUUGCCUUCGGUGCCAGCACAUUGGCUUGGCCUAGGUCUCUCACAUCGUACCAUUUAGAGUCUCCUACCCAGAAAACUGGGUCAUUUUGAGAGCCAUACGAUCUGACUGGAGCGAAAAGCCAGAGGAAUUUCAGCCGGCGAAGCGCGUAGUGAUUCUCAGGCGCGUCGUAGAAGGGCGCGAACAGACGAUGCUCCUUGAACUGAUAGUCUAUCCAGUUGUAUAAUUAGGAGAACUACCAGUGGCGGAGCCAUGGGUUCGCGGCGGCCUCUCAUAGCCGUCAUAUCCCUCUCACUCCUUCUCCUUACUUCCUCCCUUCGAGCCGCGUUUGCAGACCACUCAUUCGGUCUUGACGUGCAAUCCUCGUUAGUGCAAGUCCCCUUAGAGGAAAACGCGGCGGCGUUAGAGGAGCGACUAGAAACGUCUUCUAGACGCCGGCUCGGAUGGGACAACACCGCGAACCUCCUCAUUUCCACGGGCUCGCGAAUGGCGGAGAAAGCAGCGGCUAAGCAGCAGCAGAGCGGUAACCCGUGCGGCGCGAGCAAUGGCGCGACGGGGUCGAGUACUGAUGCUGCUGGCUCCAAAGAUGCCCGUCAUCGUGACGGCCACGGUUGGAAAGGAUGGGUGGGCAAACUGUCGCCGUUUCGGCUCAUCGCGGCGGGAACGAAAUUGGCGACGCAGGUCGUCGUCGUCAUGUUACCAGUUGGCGAGACGCUGCUGCGAUCGAGUGUCCGGAUCCAGACGACGGGCGACGCGCGCACAGUGACAUUCGUUUACGACGCGUCCAUCAACCCGUCGCGCACCCCGUCCCCCUCCCCAACCCCGCGCCCUCCGCCUUCCCCCUGCCCCUCCCCCUCCCCCUCCCCCUCCCCCUCCCCCUCCCCGCCCUCGCUACCCCCUGCUGGCCCACCACUCACCCCGCCACCCACCGGUAAUGGCACCUCUUCUGGUAACAGCACAUCGGGUUCUAAUAACGGGGGCAAUUCCACGGAUGCUGGAGGCGGUGGGGGUGGCGGUAUCGGGGGUGCUAGUAGCGGGGGUACGUCAGUCAACGGCACGUCAAGCGGCGGUGAGAUAGGGGGGAGCAGCAACAGCACCGGCGGCAGCAGCAGCAAUAGCAGCAGCAGCGGCAACUCGACAACCACUUCUCUUCCCGCUCGCAUGCUCACUGCUCUCCUUACUAGCCACGCAUCCGAGUCGCCUCAAGCUGAAUCGUCUCGAGGCGUCAGAGGAGGGGUCUCAGAAUUCUCUGCCCCGGGUCGCAUGCUCUCCACCCUCCUCGAUCUCGCCUUGCGACACUUCCCCUUCUCCCGCUCCUCCUCCCUCUCGGUCCGUCGACUAAAGGAUUCCUCCAGUUCCUUCCAGGGUGACGUCAGCCGGGGCCUCUUGACAGCUCAGCAGAACAUGAAGAGGAGUGUGACGUCAGCGGGGAAGAGCGCCAGCAAGAGCGUGAAUUCCGCGAAGCGCAGCACGGGACAAAGCGCCAGCUCAGCGUCGAAGAACGCGGGUCAGAGCAUGAAUUCCGCGCAGAAAGCGGCAAGCCAGGGCGCAAAAUCCGCAGGAAAGGACGCGAGCCAGAGCGCCAGCUCAGCGCAGCGGCAGAUGCGGAGCAGUGUGAACGCGGCGCGGAAGAACAUGGCGAAAUUCCCGACAUUCACUCCCUGGUGCAAAACCGGGCCGUAUGUCGCAGCCGUGCUGAUUCCUCUCGGGAAGGCCUGCCCUACACCUCCGACGUCCAAAUUUGUUACAGUGGUUAAAAAUAACAACAAACGUUAUAUUCGUUUGAGCAAAGGGAAAGCCGGGCGGGGCUGUCAGCGGCAGUACAAGUUUCAGUUUCCGAAUUUUCUGGGGAAAGUUAUUCAGGGGGCUGUGGUCAUGCGGGUGUGCAAGGCCGGCCCGCCAUUUAUCAAGACAUGCGGGUCCGUCACGAUGACGUCAGCAAUUCCGUCUUGCUCGUCCUAAGGCAAGAGCAACCUGCUCAACCGUGUUCGAACACUCAGAGGUUCCGCAAGCAGUGCUUGGCACCAAGUCCAAGUCCCCAUUGGCACCUUGGACAACCUCGCCGGUUUGCCAGCCAGCACGCACUCUUCUGGGACGGAGCCAACGUGUCCUUGGCGAGCCAGCAGUGCAGUCUCGGUGACGACUCUGGAGAGUGGUGGUGCACCACCACGAUGACCUGACUGUCACACCGGAGGCUACCUCUACCGGGUGGGUGCUGAUGGAUUUGUGCAACAGCAGAACCUGCACAUCGUGCGCCUACUCUGGAUGUGGAAGGGGCUGAGCUGAGCAUACCUCGUGGAAGGUCGCCAGAGCAGCCUGAAGGGGAAGGAAGGAGCCUAGUUUCCCCCUGUUUGUACGCCCAAGUGGUUGAUGUUGGUCUACACGGACCCUAGCAGGAGGGGAAAAGGUGUCUACUUCGCCCCUGUUUCACAUGACUUGUAGAGUCCACUCAGGCACUAUACCUUGCUCUGCUGGAUUUGGGUGAGGGUGUGAGUGAUGGUGGGCUUGUUUUAUUGAAAAGCUUAGUGGGUAAGGGGUGUAGGUUGGUUUGGAGUCCAGUUCUUUUGUCUCUCAAAUAUGUUGGUCAUCAUGCCGAUUACUAGGAUCCUUGUACUUGUAUUGGAAAUAAUUAAUAUGGGCGUCU